CUGCGCUGUCGGCCCUGCUGUGUGGGACGAGAACCCAACAAAGCAUCACUUACCGGCUUUGACUUUUCGCAAACCCUCGACAAUGUGAACGAAAAAUCCAGUCGAUCCCCCGGGCCGCCCACGCCUUCAUUAGACUUUUUGCUACCCUUUAUGUUGCCAGCAGCACGCGGUCGCUGCUGCAGCUCGCCGCGUCUGUCCCCGCUGCCAUUGCGUGUCGUGCGCCAGCUGACGCUCAGGGGCGUGGCCUGGGAUCGUUGUACAUCAUUGUCACCGCCAGCGUCGUCGACGGUUCAGGUCUCGACGCCGUCCUCUUUUCCUGGUGCAGCUCAGCAGCGACGCGUACUGCUUGCUCGGAACUUCCGGACCCAGCGUUUCACCACAAACUCAACUGGAAGUCGCAACAGCAGUACAUGUAAUGCCGCUCUCGUCGCGCCUUGGACCACCUCAAGACCUUCCGUCGCCCUGAUAUCGGUCGCUUUUUCGCCACGGUUUCCAUCUGCAAUGUCCGCAACCAGAGUCCAGACCAGGAGCCAUGCCGGCCAUUCGCAUCAUGGCGGUGGCCACCAUCAUCACCACGACACCACCUAUCUCACGUCGACGGACAAGAACGACGCCGGCGUGCGCAUCACCCGAAUAGGCCUGUACGUGAAUCUAGGCAUGGCCAUCGGUAAAGGUAUUGGAGGCUAUGUCUUCCAUUCUCAAGCGUUGACUGCCGAUGCCGUGCACAGCCUCACAGAUCUGGUAUCUGACUUCCUGACCUUGGCCACCGUGGCGUGGGCCCUAAAGCCCGCUACCGAACGUUUCCCCCUGGGUUACGGCAAAUUCGAGUCGUUGGGCUCGUUAGGCGUCUCUUCGCUGCUGCUCGUAGGCGGCGUGCUCAUGGGCUGGAGCUCUGCUCUGGAACUGUGCCAUCUAUACCUUCCCGCCUUUGCAGAGAUCAUGGAACAUAUCGGGGCGGGCCACUCGCACGGUCAUGAUCACCAGAUUCCGAAUAUACAGGCAGCGUGGCUAGCGGGAGGGAGCGUGCUCGUCAAGGAAUGGCUCUACAGAGCGACCAUGAAGGUCGCCAAAGAGCGCAAAUCCUCCGUCCUCGAAUCGAACGCCGUCCACCACCGCGUCGACUCCCUCACCGGAAUUGCAGCUCUCGUCUCCAUCGCCGUGUCCAACAUCUUCCCCACUUUUGCGGGUGCCGAUGCAGUUGGCGGCCUGCUGAUUUCAUGGCUUGUCGUCCGCGCAGGCUGGGCGAACACGUAUACAUCGUUAGUCGAGCUCGCAGACGCAGGCGUUGAUUCCGAAAUCAAGGACAAGGUACAUCGUGCCACGACCAAAGCGCUUGACGCUCUGCGACUACCGGAAGUUGUGGAGGUUCGACGUGUGCAGGGCAUCAAGGCUGGGCAGAGUUAUCUCCUCGAGGUGGAACUGGCCGUGCCCAAGAGCUGGAAUGUUGCGCAAACACGCAGCGUGGAGGACGCUGUCCGGACGCGAAUAGGCGAGAAGGUCAGAGGCGCGCGGCGUGUUAGGAUACGCUUUGUGCCCAAAGAAUCCAAAGAUGACUUCGAGGAGGAGUUCAUUUCCCCGAGUGUAAGCGCGAGGUCAAGCCCAGAGCCAGAGGACAAUCACGAUCAUGACCACGAUCACGACCAAGAGCACAAUGGCCAUUCGCAUACCCAUGGAAACAGCAAUGGGACGGCUCAUAAGCAUGUGAACGGGAAUGGCGUUACCAAGAGACGGUAACAGAAUUGCGAAAUAGACCGGAUUGAUCGUCUUCGUUUGGAUAGAACUUAGAUCUUCCAAAUAUAAAAGGAAGCAUAUUUUCCUGCUCAUCUUAAACAAAAAAAAAAAAAAAAAAA